CCCAGCGCCGUGUUUCCAGCCUCUCCAUUACCCGGCAAGGAGAGGUUGCACGUCGACGGACGCCAUCAAUCGCUGCUCCUGUUGACUCGUCACCAGCCACAGCUGACGCUCCGACCGUCGAUCACCCCACAGAACGCGACCGCGAUGGCUGAAGGGUCAAUCAAGUCGCGGAUUGCGGCAUUGAACCUCGAAGAAGUGCAUACUCCUGUACCGGGAGCCAAGCCGACGUAUUCCUAUGAUGCCUCGACUGCUAAGAGGAAGCCGCCUCCGCCUCCGCCCAGCUCGCGCCCGCCCGCCUACUCGCGCCAGACAGUCAACAACCCGCCAGUCCUCAGCAAUGCGCCCACGUCGGCGCGACAACUCGGCAACCAGCCCAUGGUAGUGCACGAAUCCGAAAAACCCAAAGUCUCGCCCGCGCUACCUCCUCGCCCACCUCCGCGCAACGCCAGUACGCCUCGGCCAUCACCAGCACUGCCACCGCGCAAGGCGUCCGAGCCAAGCGUGAGGAAGCGCGAGUCGUCUGAGUCGAUUUCUACCAUCGCUUCGGGCAUAUCGACACUGUCACUGGGCUCUGUCAAGACAAACGGGACAAGUCAUAGCAAUGGAAGUACUGGCACACUUUACCAGGUCAGGGCUCCAGCCUACGAUCCGUCAAAGCUGCCACCACUGCCAGCCAAGAAAGCACCCGAAGACUCCAAACAGAGCAAGGCGACGCUUAACGCAAUGAAGAGUAAAAGAGAUUAUGUGCCAGCUCAGGCGCUGCCACCCAAGCUGAAGACCCCUAAUCUUCCAGCAAGACCCUCCCUCCCUCCUAGACAGUCCAUCACUCGCGAGCAAUCACCUCGGCCUGUGCCAGCGUUGCCACAGAGGCAAUCUUCAAACGACACCUCCCGCACCAACAGAGCGAUCGCACCACCGCCACCACGACGAUCGGCGUUGGAGAUGGGGUUCAACAACAAGGCUCCAUCGCCUCCUCCUGUGCCUUCAACUCGGCCAGCAGCUGUUUCUUCUGACUCAGCACCGAAUCUUGGAGCACCGCCGCCCGUCCCAAUGUCAUCAAGACCAAACCUCAGCGCAAUCAUGGCUUCCAAGCCGAAACCAGGUGCCGUUGCAAGUUGCCUUGUGUGUCGGGACUUUUCAGGACCAGACAAUCAUGCUGCGCAGUUUCCUCGUGCUCAACUCCCCUCUUCCGAUGUGGGUUGGCUUGCUCAUCAACUGUGCUCUCAAUUCUCCUCACCUACUGAUAAAGCGCGAGCUAUAUUCACUUGGCUGCAUCACAACGUUGACUACGAUGCUCACUCGUUUUUCAACGGUACCGUUUCGCCUUCUACCCCCGAAAAAACUAUCGCAUCAGGCCUGGCAGUAUGCGAGGGCUACGCCGGUCUCUUCGCUGCUCUAGCUCUGAAAGCAGGUCUCGAGGCUAUGGUAUGUUCCGGUGCAUCGAAAGGCUACGGCCAUUCACCUCUGGAGCCUGGACAAGCUGUGCCACCCUACAAAUCAACACAUGCUUGGAAUGCUGUCAAAAUCGACAACGGAGAAUGGAAGCUCAUCGAUUCCUGUUGGGGAGCUGGAGCGCUUGGGUGUCAGAACCGUGGUGAAGGAUACAUACGGUCCUUCAACCCUCGCCAAUUCACCAUGGACAACAACGAGUUUGGGUUGAAGCAUUACCCGGGGGAGGCUUCUCAUCAAUUCCGUACUGAUGGACGCAUCAUGUCAUACGAAGAGUUUAUGCGAGACGAUCAAGGUGGACGCGUUCUUAUAUUCGGUGACGCUUCCAAGGAACAUGGCCUUGGCGAGCGAACAUUUGAACCAUCACAGGCACAGAUCAAAGUAAAUGACCCAUACGCCCCGGCGGUUGUUCGAUUCCAAAUGUCUUCGGUCUGUCCGCACUGGGACAAUGCGCGCCAUGGCAAGGGUGCGCCCUACGUUAUGCUUCUGAGCGUUGCCGGUAGAGACGGGCGGAAACCGGACUACAAGACGUUCAACACGGACGGGCGCACUUGGUGGCUCGACGUACCUCGCAUCGACCUCGGUGCACCGGGCCAGAAGAUUUCCCUUAAUGCAGUUACGGUCUUCAACGACAAGGAUGCGCGUGGCAUGAGCGUUGCUGCUUGGAAUAACAAGACGGCGUACUCGUGCAAGUUUGGGGGCGUAGCCCAAUGGGAGCUUAGCCCUCCAGGUGCUGUCGUGCUGGGUGUGGUCAGUGGUGUUGAUCAACACACGGCUACUCUGACGCUUCAAGAUGUCUUCUUCCCAAACUCUGGUCACCGUGUGCCUUCGUAUAACGUCGAAGGACAUAUGAUCGCCGAUAUCAAAGUCACACCCUCUGCGCCCGCUCCUCAACCUCUUCCAUCGCGAUCCGAGCCUCCUGCAUACCCGCCAUAUCCCCAGAACCAUGUUCAGCACCCGCCACCGCAUAGUGGACAACAGAUUCCGCAUCUCGUCAGCCAACCGUCGUCGGGCCCGCCUACAGGUGCACCUGUCUACCAGAACGCUCGUCAAGCGCCCCGCCAAGUCGCUCCUCAGCCAACUCCAGCUGCGCCGUUCGUCGACCCCGCGAUUCUUAGCAUGGGGAAGCGCACCUCGACAGUUCCUUCGUUGAGCUCUGCCGUUGCUGCGCCUCCUCAGGAAGCUCCUGCCACGCCCAUCAAGCCCAUAGCUGCUGCAAGCGCUGCGGCUUUACCGAAAAACACAUCUCCGUUCGUGGGCCAUGCAAAGAAGACCAACGUUCGAAAGCCGAGUGCAGCCACUCUAGAGGGCCCAUUUUCGUCGCUGGACAUCGCGGAUGCUGAAGAGGCAGAUAGUGAGGCGCGUACAGGACAGCUAGCUGCGCGAAGGGCAAGCAUUACCAAGACCAGGACCGGCAAGCCAAUGGAUGAUCCUAGUCCGCAGAAGAACGACGACAAUGGCAAAAAGACUCGAAGAGGAGGCAAGUCUCGUAAGAAGGAGCUUGCUGCUCAAGAGAAAAAGAAUGGCGAUAUCGAGACUGUCAAGAAAGGCAAAGGCAAUGGUUGGAGGAACACUCCAAUGCUACAAGCCGCCGAACAGCCACAGACAAGAACUCCCGGGGUUAUAGGCGGCAGAGUCGGUCUUGCAGCGGCAAACGCUUCAAAUCGUAAGACAAAACGGCAGCAGGCGCUGGAAGCCACAAACGGCUGGGCUACAGAAGACGCGACAGAUAUCCAGGACAUGCCCGAAUUCGACUUUCAGAGCAACCUCUCGAAAUUUGACAAGCGCACGGUGUUCAAUCAAAUCAGGAACGAGGACACAACCGCAGAUGAGGAUCGUCUGGUCAGCUUUAAUCGCCUGGCAAGGCCUGGAACACACGGUGGAAAGAACCUGCAUCCUACAGAGAAUGUGCUAGAUCGGAAGCUGAAAAGUACCACCAACACAAGCUCUGAGGAAGAGGAAGACGAAUUCGGCAGCGGGCGCAACUCUAGACGUGCAAUGUCCAGAGCCUCAGUCAAAAGGGCGCCAACACGGCAAGGCAGCGGUGUCCAGGCUGACUUGGAUAUGAUGGGCUCAGGCGUAUUGCCGCGCACCAACCGUUCGUUCGUCUUGAAUCGACCUUAUGCAUCCUCACACGCUACCGGUAGCCCCAGGCCGGGUCGCGUUGCUUCACCACCGGAGUCACCUCUUGACUCGAGCGCGAAGGGCUGGUUACGUCUCACAUCAAAUAACCGCAAGUGCUUCGCUAUCACUCCUGGUGCCAUGCUGGCGGUCGAGGAGACUGCUGAAGUGGAGUUUGGUCUAAACGAGGAUAUCAUGGCAGAGAGCUCAGGACGAGGCAUCGCAGAAGUUGCUUUGACCGCGAUAAAUCCAGGCGGCAGACGUCUCGCACGCGACAAUCCCAAUGCCAACCCUGUCAUUGUCGUCUUAGCUGGCAAUCACCGUGGAGGUGCACGCGCCGUAGCAGCAGCACGGCACCUUGCUCAACGUGGACCGAAAGUCAUGGUUGCACUACUUGGUUUCGAACGCAAUGCAGACUGGGACAAGGAUAUCCGACGCCAGGUCGAACUUUUCCGGAAGUUUGGCGGCUCCGUUCGUGCAUGGAGAGAUACGGAAGAAGCUCUGAAGCGUCUACAAGCACCACCCGAGCUCAUCAUUGACGCCCUGCUUGGCCGUCACAAGGAGUUUGAGGCGCUUGGCGAUGAAGAUCAACGAGUGGUCCUAAACAUUGUAGGUUGGGCAAACAAGUCAAGAGCAGCCUGUCUCGCUGUCGAAACGCCGUCGGGUGUGGGCGGUUCUACGGGGGAAGUCUCUAUCUUAGAAGGCGAGCCACUGGAAGUUCGCGCGAAGUACAUCGUAUGUCUCGGUGCACCACGAACAGGUCUUGUAAAAGCGCUCCAGAACGGUGCUGGACGCGAUCCACAGUGGCUUAUCUGGAUCGUCGAUAUUGGUGUCAAUAGACCCUGGCGCAAUGCUGGCAUCAGCGGUGGCAAAGGCAUAAAGUUUGGCGAGCAAUGGGUCGUACAGGCGCAAUUCGAGGAACCAGCUACAGUGGACGGCGCACGGGCUUAG